AUGAGGUGCAAGCACCUCUAUAUAUACAGGGAAAUUCUUGCUCUUGAACCUGGCCAGGAACAUGGAACUAACAAUAACCAACCUGUUUUGAGAUAUGGAGAAAAAAGAUGUGCCCAGUCAUCAAUGUGUGCCAGAUUCAAUAGAACGGGUAACCAGAUAAUAGCUCUACGUAGAAGGCUACCUCCAGUUCUUUACAAUACUCACAGCUCAAAACCAGUUUGUCAGUUUGAUGCAGAGCAUUAUUACAACUCAUGCACAAUGAAAAGUUGCUGUUUUGCUGGUGAUAACGACCAGUUUGUUCUCUCGGGAUCAGAUGACUUCAACCUGUACAUGUGGAAGAUCCCUGGGAAUAAUUGUUCAGAACAUUUUGUAUCAGAGGCUCACAUGGUCUUAAAAGGUCAUCGUUCGAUAGUAAACCAAGUACGCUUUAACCCACAGAACUUCAUCAUUGCUUCCUCAGGGGUAGAGAAAAUUGUAAAG